CCAGCGCGCUCGAGAUCCUCUCUCCUGCCGGAUGUGAGCGUCUAUCGAACAGGGGCCACUGGAGACAUGCCGAUACCCAAUCUCGCGUGAUACUAUGGCAAAGUCAACCUCCCUUUCCCACCAGGAGACCUGGCGUCUCUUCGUCUUGGUGGGAGCCUGCCUCGGCAUCCUUCUCAGUACGUUCCAAGGCGAUGGCGCGCCCUUGGUGGCUUCCUUCGCGUUCAGCGGGAUCGCGUUCGUGGUCACAUUUAGUAUGAUUCGAUGGCUCGGGCCAGUAUUCCUGAAGGCAGGCCUGAAAGGGAGGGAUAUGGCGAAACCGACGAGGCCGGAAAUACCUGAAACAAUGGGAGCUGUUUGUGCGAUUGUCUAUCUCCUCGCACUGAUUUUUUUCAUCCCUUUUGCUUUCUACAAGGAUAUCGUGGCGGCCACUUCGGGUGGAGGCAACCGAGAUGUUGUGAUUGAAAUCGGCCAUGUCGAGACUGGUCGGAUGCUACACCGAUUCCCUCAUGGAAAGCUGGCGUCAUAUCUCUCCGGCCUCCUUUCACUCCAAUGUAUCGUUAUUCUCGGCAUCGGUGACGAUCUGCUUGAUAUUCGAUGGAGGCACAAAGUUCUCAUCCCCGCCUUCGGUGCGAUCCCAAUGCUUAUCGUCUACUUUGUGGACUUUGGUGUUACGCAGGUUGUCGUGCCAGUGCCGCUGCAGCCCUACCUGGGCUCCACCAUCGACCUCGGGUGGUUGUACUAUGCCUACAUGGCGGCGGUGGCUAUCUUUUGCCCUAAUGCCAUCAACAUGUUGGCCGGAAUCAACGGGGUGGAGGUAGCACAGUCCCUGGUGAUAGCAGUGCUGCUGAUAGCGAAUGAUGUCUUAUACCUUGCCCCUGUUACGCCCUACCCGCAUCCCGCAACAGACUCUCAUCUGUUCUCCCUGUACUUCUUGUUGCCUUUUGUUGGGGUUUCAUUGGCUCUUCUGUGCCAUAACUGGUACCCCUCCAAAGUCUUCGUCGGAGAUACAUAUUGUUAUUUUGCGGGAAUGGUGUUUGCCGUCGUGGGCAUUUUGGGUCACUUCAGCAAAACGCUGUUGCUUCUGUUUAUCCCGCAGAUUUUCAACUUCUUGUAUUCGACCCCACAGCUUUUCAACUUGAUCCCUUGCCCGCGCCAUCGUCUACCCAAGUUCAAUGCCAGCACUGGGCUAUUGGACGCAUCGGUGACCGAAUGGACCGUGCCGCCGUCCCCGCUGGUGGCUACCGCCCUGGAUCUCCUGCAUCAGUUGCGCCUGGUGCGCGUGACCAAGAAUGAAAACGGCCAGAUUGUGGAGUCGACAAAUCUCACCAUACUCAAUCUGUGGCUUGUUUGGGCGGGGCCGAUGAAGGAAAAUCAACUUGCCUGGAGCAUGGUGGGUGUGCAGACAUUUUGCGGGCUUUUGGGCCUAUUUGUGAGGCACCGCCUCGCCCUACUGGUGUUUCGAGAGGACAACCGGGCAUUUGGGGGGUCUGUAUUGUAGUGUAUAUUAUAUAGCCAUUAUCCAUUAUUCAUUGUAAUCAAGGCGUUUCGUUUGAC